AUGGCUCCGUUACACCAGUGCCAGCUCAGAUACAUGCCAGCUCCAGUGCCCGCUUCUCUGCAAGCUCCAGUGCCCGCUUCUCUGCAAGCUCCAGUGCCCGCUUCGCUUCCAGCUCCAGUGCCAGCUCUGAUACCCGCUCCGGUGGCAGCUCCAGUACCCGCUCCGGUGCCCGCUCUUGUGCCCACCCCUGUUCCCGCUCGUGUUCCUGCUCGUGUUCCCGCUCUUGAGUCCGCUCCGGUGACUGCUCGAAUGACUACUCCAGCGUUCACCUCGAUGCCAGCUCCUGUGCCAGCUCCAAUGCCGGCUCCAAUGCCCCUUCCGGUGCCCGCUCCACUAUAUGCCAGCUCCGAUGCCAGCUCCAUUGCCAGCUCCAGUACCGGCUCCAGUGCCAGCUCUGAUAUAUUUCAGCUCCCUUCACCGUUCCUCCACCGCACUGGCACCUCCUCUCCCCCUCUUACUGGUCUUCCCUCUCCCUCUUCGUACCCCCCGCCAACUACUGGUUCCGUUGGUUGGGCUGGUCUCAUGGGUAAGGUCAAGGUUAGGGUGUGGGCUUGGCAGGAAAAUAGGCAGGGUACCGGCCCUGAGCAGGCAGGCGCCCACUCGCUCGCGUUCGAGAUCUUUAACCUCCUCAAAGCACACUUUGGCCAUCUCAGUAACCCCCCAGACGUAAAUGUCGUACCCGUCGAGGACAUUGUCCACUGCGUCUGGGAACCCCUCGUCGACUGCGCUGCCGAGCACUCAGAGACACAGAACAAGCUAGCCGAGUUUAUCCCCUGCUUCCUGAGCGAGCUCACCAACAACGGCUACGAGGAGGCUGCCGCCCCGCAGAUUGUGAACCUCAUGUGGUUCAUGAUGGACGACGCUAGAGGCGGCCCCUGCGAGCUCGACACUCCCUGCGACAUGGCCGUGGAGGGACACAUGUACUGCUUCCUAGCAGAGCCCAAGCCGUUCGACGGCACCCCCGCCCAGAAGCGCGCCUUCUGGGCAAGCUACUGCCGCUUCUGCGCGCUCCUCGAGAAGGCCGGGACCGUGGACCUCAGCAAGGUACUCACCCAGGUGUCCGAGGGCGUCCUCUGGGGCGAGUCGGGCCCGAGACACAACCCGGACGCGGGGAUGCUUGCCUUUGAGCAGGUGUUUGCCGUCUGCGGCGAGCUGCUGUGGGAGAGGGGCGGCCAGUGGAACCCCGACGGGGACCACGAACACGGCCCGGCGUUGACAAAGCGCUGGAAGGAGUAUGAGUGGACCGUCAGGAAGGUGAUGAACGAUGAGGGGAGGGAUGCGGAGGUCAAGGCACCGGCAGGGAGGGUCCUGGAGAUGAUGAAGGCGGUCAGGUUGGCGAAGAGGAAGGAAGAGGAGGACCAAGUAGUAGGGGGUAGAUGGAGAGGGUGUGAAUUUGGUACAAAGUUCCUGGAGUUUAAUAUCACACUUUUGAGCACCUGUUCGAGUCACAGGAGACGUCUUGUCAGCGGGUGUAAGGGAGUUUGGAAUUCUGUAGACUUUGAAGAGGGGUUUCCUCAGCGUUCGUAG